CAACCGCACACCCAUGCCGUACAGGUUGUACGCGGUGGUGGUGCACCUCGGCACCAUGGUCGGCGGGCACUACAUUGCGUAUGUGCUCGUCGAUCCCGAGCGGCUAUUCAUGCCUCCCGGUGAGAACCAUGCCGAGCUCAUGGAGCGCCUCACGCUGGACGAGGGGCCCAACAAACCCGAUCGCCGGGUGUGGUGCUACGCGAGCGACACCGAGAUUCGUCUCGCGAGCGUCCAGGAAGUUAUGGCCGCGCGCGCAUACCUGUGCUUCUACGAGAAAGCAUUCUAAGUCACAACAACCUUGCAUGCAGCAUUUACCACAGCACAA